AUGGACGAACACCAUCACCAUCACCAGGCCCCCGCCGGCCAGGAGGGUGGCGACGUCAGACAGUCGCAGGUCUUCUCCGGAAGCUACGGCGGUCACGGAGGCUACCCGGCACCCAGCUCCGGCUCGAUGCCGCACAUGGGCAGCAGCUCCCACGCCGGCGCCAUCUCUGCUCGUCGCCACAGCCGCAGCGACAACGGCGAGCCCGAGGAUCUGUUCCCCAACAUCCCCGAGGCCAAGAAGCGCAAGUUCAUCCUCGUCGAGGACAAUGUCCGCGGUUCGCGUCUACGUGUUAGAGUCACGCUCGACGGUGUCGAUACCAAGGAGAUUCCCGACUCUUUCCGCAAGGGCGCUUCCGUCUUCCCUCGGUCGUACUUCCCGCGCGAGAUGCAGAGCCCGCCGCCGUCUGCCACCGGUACCAAGUUCUUCCAGGAGGACGCCGAUGAGGAAGACGAUGGUGUCGAAGACACCGAGGGCCGUGGUUCUCGUAGGGGCCGUGGAAACAGCAAGUCCAUGGUCAAGGUUCCCAUUGGCGAGAACACCGAGGGCGAGGUUGCCAUUCCCCGCAUGAGGAAGAGUGUCCGAGGCAAGGAGGUCCGACUCAACGACCUCGGAUACCGCAUGGCGUGGCUCCAAAGCAGAGUCUUUGCGGGACGGACAGUCUUCCUCCAAAGAGCUCGUAAAUUAGUGGACUGCUACCGCAACAAGACCCGCUCUGCUAUUGAGUCCAUCAUGCAGGACGUCAAGACGCUCGUGCCGCAUUUUGAGACGCGUGUCGGCAAGAGGAAGUGGAACGAGAGAAUGAGAAAGGGAGAGGCUGAUGAGUAA